AUGUCAUCUAUUCAAAAAAAAUUUAUUCUUGAUAAUAUAAAAAAUCAUUUAUCGAGGAUUUGCCGACCUUUUCAUUACAGCAAUUCACUUGACAAUAUAUCACAAAGUCCUUUUCGCCAACAAUUAUUUGAUAUUUAUGGUUAUAGCAUCGAUUCCCAAAAAGACGAGUCAACGUUUACCAGUAUUUUUAAACAUCAGUUAUCAAACGAAUUAUUUGCUAUUGAUGAUUGCGAAUUAGAAAAAAUUGUUGAUAUUGGUUCAAAAAAGCCGAACAAAGUAAAGUAUAAGGAGGUUAUAAACGAAAUUAAAAAUUAUAUUGAACAAAAAUGUCGAGAGCAUAAAUUGUUGGCAUUACGGAAUUAUUUUAUUUUACCAGCCGCAAGCAGCUCUCAUUUGAGUAUUAUCUUAAGGAAAAUAAAUGACAUAUUCAAAGAUAUGUUGUUCGAUUCUAUUCGCAUUUUACAAGUUUCUGUUAAAUUUCAUUCUUCUAAUUUCUUGGUUAUCGAAAAACAGAUCAACACACGUUUCGACGAAAAAAUUUUGCAAGUACUUGAAGCCUACUUUAAUGAAAACAACCGACCCGAUAAAUACAAGAAGGGAUUAAUUGCUAGACAAACUAAUUUGAGUGAAAAACAAGUGGAUAUUUGGUUUAACAAUCGGCGUAGCCGGACUGAGAAAGGCGACACAGAUUAUGAAAAGUUAACGUACGAUUUUUUAGAAAAAAAGUUUGAUUGGACAGAAAAAUUUACAGAGAUUGAUUCUGAUUCUUUGACAUCCAAAGAUAUGAUACAAAUUAUUGCCCAUGCAUUUAAUUUGAGAUAUACUGAAGAAGAGGAAACUAGUCAAGCAACUGAUGAUACAAUAGAAGAGUCGGCAAGCGAAACAGUAGAAGUUUCAAUUCCUCGUCCAACUCGUUCUCGCGCAAAAGCAGUUAGAAAUUCUGUAGCUCCUUAUUCAAAAAAUCGUCCAAAUAAAUGUACGCAAAGUGAUUCCAUUGUUAUAAAUGAAAUUUCCGAAGAUAUCCAAGUCAAUGCACUAAAUUUAGGAAAUUUAGAAAAUUCAACGAUUGUAGUUGAACCUGAAAGUUCAAUCAUUCUAAGAAAUUAUGAAAAAAGACACCUACGUAACCAUUGCCUUGCGGCUAGGAAUGCAGCGACACCAUAUACCAAAUCAUGUCGUAAUAAAAUAACAGUUACUUCAUUUAGCAAAGAUCAAAUAAUAUUUUCCGAAGUUUCUAAACUUAAACAAUUUUCUGUAGAAAUGGAAUCUUUACAAACUAUCUCUCCCAAUGAAAAUGAAACUCAAUUUUUAGCAUUAGAUUCCACUCAAAAUAGAACAUCGACUUUAACGAAUUUUUCCAACACAGAUGACUUUACAUCUCAAUAUUUUAAUACUGAUUUUAGUCCAUAUAAUUUUAUAUCAAGUGAAAAUACAACUUUUGCUAACGAAUUUGCAUAUAAUAAUGAUUUUAGUCAAAUCGAAUUUAUGGCUAACACAAUUGGCAAUGAAGAAAGCUUUGAUUAUAACCGAUUUAGCAUCAUUGAAUGA